UGGAAAUACGCCCCCUCUGAGCAGUGACAUUUCUUAACGUUCCGGUCCCCAUGCAUCUGUUUUGAUUGGUGAUCAAUCCGAGCACAACACCGCAGUGCUACUACAGUCAGUCUCAGUAACAUCCCUCGAGUCCGGGCACUAAUGACAAUGUCAACAUACUGAGCCUAAUCAUGGAGGAAGCCGUGCCAUUUAGCAUCGUGUCCACCGUCAAAGCGUUGAGCGGUGCGUUGCGGAGAGAUGCUGAGCAUGAAGCCGAGAUCAGCCGCGAGCGAGAGAAGCUCUGGUUCAAGGAGAGCAGCGCCAAAAACCUGAGAAAUCGUGACUUCUUGUCACCCAACACGGUUCUGACGACGUUGUACGCCGGUGGAGAGGUUCCCUCUGAUGUUCUCAGUGGUAUUCGCUCUCUUCGUGGCAGCAGUGUAUUGCCGAUAGGAGCCACUGAGGUCACACCAGAAGGUCUGCGCGUGUGUGUGGAUCGCUGUGCAGUAUUUAGAGGUGUUUUAUGUGGAAUAACGCCAUAUCUGAGACCUGCUGCUCAGAGACAGGGCUGUGUCCUCAUCAACUGCCCUGCCCUCCACACCAAACAAACCGUGCCAUCUCCGGAUACACUAGCUCUGGGGCAGCUACGGACCAUUCUCAUUGCCGACCACCUCGGGGCACAGCUCAGAAGACAAGGGUACACUGUGUCCUUUUGUCCAGCCUUGCCACAGGACAGUGACAUUGUCAACUUUCUGAAAACACUAGGCAUUGAUUGGCCGACAGUCCCUGUCAGCCGGACCAAUGAGGACAGGGAGGAGAAGAUGAAAAAAGAUUUAGAGAACUCAACCUACAGAGACAGAGAGCUGGAGAGAGGAAAAAGGAGAAGCAGAGGCGAGGAAAUAGAGGGAGAGAGAAGAGGGAUAAAAGAGGAAGUUAGGAUAAACCUUAAACAAGUGGUACAGGACGAGAACCUUCAGGGGUAUGAUCCCAGUCUUGGCACUUGCACAGUGCAGAGAGAAGCUUUGUGUCAUCUGGCCCAGCUGGACAGUGCUACCACAGAUUUCCCUAUCUCUACGACAACAGCCCUGCAUGUCACUUCCUGUCAGGAUGAGUUUCGUCAGCAGCAAACAGCCAUGUUGUGGAGAGCUGCGGGUGCAACGGCAGUGCAGAGACUGGUGAUAUGUGGUCCUGUUAAAACUCCUGGAAUUCAGAUGAAUGCAGCUCAGUAUCUUCAGUUAAGAAAAGCUCAGAUGAAAGAGGCCUCAGAAAUGAAGUACGGAGACCAAGUUGAAGGUCAGACAUGGGAUGACAUCAUUAGAGUGAUGACAUCAGCCACCGUGAGGUUUGAACUGCUGUCCACAGUGCACACAAGUCCGGUGACCUUAGAUGUUCAGCGGGACAGUGGUGUAUCCACAAAGGGCCCCAGGGGUGGAGUCUUUGUCAUGUAUAACUGCGCUCGUCUUCACACACUUUUCAGCAGCUACGAGAAAGGGGUGGAGCAAGGUCUUUAUCCUGAAAUCCCUGGAGGAACAGAGCUGGACUUUUCUGCCCUGAAAGAGGAGGGGGAGUGGCUUCUUCUCUUCAAUUACCUCAUUCCAUUCUCUGAGUUGCUGGACCAAUCGGGACAGAUCCUGGAGCAUGAAGGCGGCACAGCCAGAGUGAAUUUAAGGACUGAACAGGUGUGCAGAUUCUUGGUGUCUCUCAGUAAAGAUUUUAGCUCCUACUACAACAGAGUUCACGUCCUUGGGGAGCCCCUGCCUCAUCUUUUUAAUCAGAUGUUUUGUCGUUUAUUGUUGCUGAGAGCAUUAAGAGAACUUUACCACAGCGCCCUGGACUCCCUUAACCUUCCCCCAAUUCCCCAACUAUAGCAUCUCCACUGCAGACAUUAUACACUAACAGCCACAAACUCUCUCCCUUAACAGCCAGCACUCUUCCAUUUUUCUGUUAUUACACCUUAGAUACCUUCCCCAUAGCCAUAAUUGCCUGACCAUCUUGUCUGAAUAGCCCAAUAUUCCUCUUGCCCUCAAAAAAGACUGUUUUACCACUAAUAGCCAUACAGAAGGCAGGACAGAGCCCAGUGAAUCUGUUGCUCUUCCCUCUUUCAUCCAAUAAAUAAUAUAUAGUCUGAAAAUUCACCCCUAAAAUGUCAACAGAAUAUGCUUUCUUUCACAGCGAAUUUAAUUCUCCUGCACCACAUUCAUAGAUUUUGCACCACCUGCAUGAAUAUGUAUUCUAUGUAAUAAUGUUUAAUUGGUGUAAGUGCCCAGCUCUAUUUGUUCAACGCUGAACACAUAUUUACAGUGCAGCACAGUUGUUCUCACAGUCUGAUAGAUGCACACACAAAGUAUCUGUCACCACUGUUUUUGAUUAGGAAUCAUGUCUGCAUGGUUGGAGAUCAUUUGGCAUUCCUGAAAUGUCAUGAUCUGGGAUGCUACUUCCUUUAAUAUAAAUAUAGUCUUAUCUGUACCAAAUAUAAAGUCUUAAUUCUCAAGUUUC